AUGACGCUCAUCUCCGAAGCCUUUUCUCCUGUGGCCGCGGUCACGGCCGGAGAGGACCUGAGUGACUUACAGGAGAUGAGGCGAGAGGCUCGCUCAGCCCUGUUCCGGGUGCCUCGCUUUUCUGGCUUUUCUGGGCGCUGGGGAUACACGUUGGAGGGGAGGGAGCAGCUGCCCCGCGCCCCCAGCCAGAAUGGCGAGGAGGAGCCCGAGGCGGAGCCCGGCGGGGAGGAGAGCAUCUCGGAGGCGGAGAAGGCGGCCAUGGACCUCAAGGACCCCAACCGCCCCCGCUUCACGCUGCAGGAGCUGCGGGACGUGCUGCACGAGAGGAACGAGCUCAAGUCCAAGGUGUUCUUGCUGCAGGAGGAGCUGGCAUACUAUAAGAGCGAAGAAAUAGAAGAGGAAAAUCGAAUACUGCAGCCCCCGCCCAUCGUCCACCCGAGGAUGUCCCCCCAGCCGGAGUCUGGGAUCAAGCGACUUAAAGAAGGUCCUUUAAGUGACGGGUUUAGCUUCUUCUCCCGGGACAAGAAGCGCCUGGCCACCACGCAGCGGGGCCCGCACGGCCAGGAGUCCUUC